AUCUGUUGUUUCUAGCUCACAUUUAUUUGACAACAUUUGUACAUUUACAUACAAAAUUUUAAUCACCAAAUAUGAGACAGUGUUGCGGCUUCUCAGAAGUUUAUAAAGUAGUUAACCAAAGUUCCUUUUUGACCAGCUACAACAUUAAUAAGCUGUGUUCAUGUUAAUUUAAUGCACCAGUAUGCUCAAAAUAACACUUUGACAGGGGUUAUUCUGCACAGCCUACUUUUCUAAUUACAUUUUACUUCUAACACUUAAGCCUACAUGUAAUUUAGUAAUUUUACAUUUAAGUAGUCUAUUCACCACCUGUGGUAAAACCUGUCAUGUUAUUCUGACACUGUUUUCUUGCAGUUCCAACCAGAUAUAAACGCUGAGAGUCUUGCUACAGUGCUGCUUCUCCUUCUGUAGGUUCAAACGGUUGGUGACACAGUUUACGUGAAAGUCAAGGAUAUCACAGGAGAGCAGAACAGCUCGCCAUCUAGUGUCACACGAACGACCUCACAAAAUUAGACUACAACUACCAGUUUGUAUUAUUUCCGUACGUGUAUUUUUACGUAAUGGACAGCUCCCCGGAUGCGGCUGUGAUUGACUAUACCAGGCAAAACGAGAUCGAAAGACAAGUGGCGGUGCUGCAGCCCCAGUGGUCGUAGGCAGGAUGCAGACCAUAAAGUGUGUGGUGGUGGGUGACGGGGCAGUGGGUAAAACAUGUCUACUCAUCUCUUAUACCACCAAUGCUUUCCCUGAAGAGUAUAUUCCGACGGUCUUUGACAACUAUAGUGCUCAGAUGAGUGUGGACACUCGCACUGUCAGCCUCAACUUGUGGGACACAGCAGGCCAGGAGGAGUAUGACCGCCUGCGCACUCUCUCCUAUCCCCAGACCAACGUUUUCAUCAUCUGCUUUUCCAUUGGCAGCCCUUCCUCUCAUGCCAAUGUCAGGCACAAAUGGCACCCCGAGGUGUCUCACCACUGCCCCAAUGUGCCCAUCCUGCUCGUGGGCACCAAGAAGGACCUGAGGGGCGAUGCAGAAACGGUGAAGAAGCUGAAGGAACAAGGCCUGGCUCCUACUACCUAUCAGCAGGGCAAUGCCCUGGCCAAGCAGAUUGGGGCUGUUAAAUACAUGGAGUGUUCUGCUCUUCUGCAGGAUGGAGUCAGGGAGGUGUUUGCUGACGCUGUAAGGGCAGUGUUGUAUCCAGUCACGAAAAAGAGCCCCAAGAAGUGUGUGCUGUUGUAAUAAAGGCUCCCAGAUUUGGACUGUGGAGAGAGAUGAUGGAGAUCCACAGAUGCACAGGAAGGCUGAGGACUGAAGAUCAUCAUCUGGCUGUCUCCAUACCACCUCCAGCAGUUCAGACUUAGUUUCCAGCUCCUCUGUUACUCCUCUCUUCCUUAUUCAUUGCCUGGAGGACUUCUCUCCAUUGCCAUCAUCACCAAAGUGACUAUACCAAAAUGGGGACAACAGACUGUUAUUACUCAAUUUUUCUUACAUUUUAACUUUUGAUAUUUACACUUUAUUCAAUUUUACAUCUGUUCUAGAUUUAUAGCUUCUCAGUUUCUCAGCUUCACCUUAUAAAAUACUGUUGUCACAAGCCAUAGUAAUUUCUAAACCAAACACCCAAGUUACCCUGUUUGACUGGAGAGAAGAGAUCUGCCUUUGUUCAGGUAGAGAAAUAAUGACUACCUCAUACUCUCACCUAGGUUGCUUCUCAUGAGUCUCAAGCAGCGUCACCUCACCAUUCUUGCGACUUGCCUAUUAAGAUGUAAUAAACAGCCAAGUAGAGGGUGAACAAGUUUUAAUUUCAAGCAGCUUGAGUUCAGUCAAGGUGUGAUGAGUCCCAGACAAAUGCCAGUACCACUUAACCAGUAUGCACUGAUUAAACUCUUGAACUGCAGUCACCCUUGCUCUCCAUCUGGCAAGUUAGCGCUGCCAGGCAGGCUACCUUUCCAGCGUCUCGCUCUGCUGUUUCACUGCAACGCAUGGAAGAGCCAGUAGGCCUUUAAAGAUAAGCUGGGCCCAUUAAAAGCAGCCGACCAUUUGCCCUCUGCAGUAAUAGUGGAGCAGGUGUCAUAAGGCCUCUGCCAAAUUAACCCAUACUGGUCCUGGAUUUCAUCAGCUGAUAUUGUCAGGUUGUAGUACAUCUUUCUUCUGGCUGUGUCUUAACUCUUGAGGCUCACACUGAGUGCCAUUAAAAAUAUGCCUAAGAAUUAGUUUUUGACAGGGUGGGGGUCAAAAAUACUAUUUUGUCUAAUUAUGUUGAAUUUACUCUGUAAAUGUUUUUUUCCUCAAAUGUUUUUAACCUUUGAGUGUGGUAAUGGCCAAAGUAGAAUAUAUUUUUUGUAAUAGCUUAUGUGUAUUUGAUCAAGCAGAUGUUUCUGUGACAUAGGUCACACUCACAUUUGAUAUACUCAUACCUCCAUAAUGGUUCCCAUUUCAAUUGCAUUGUUGCCUUACAUUUAAAGCCAGCAGGCUGACACUCCAUGUUUGAUUCAGUACAGCAUAUAACGCCAGAAUAUGUUUUCAGUGGCUUGUGCUAGGUUAGAUACAUCUUUUCUGAUAGUAUAUUGGAUAGAUGAAGACUCUUCCGUCUUUGAAGAUACAGUGUCAUAUCUGCCUCGGUCUUCAUGUAACAGCCGUUUAUCUACAGUAUAGAUGGAGCUUUUUAUUUUGGUUAGGUGCCUUAUCUAAACCAAAGACCAUAGUAUUACUCCUUUAUCAAACCUAAAGAUAGUCAUUAUGAUGCUACAAGCUCCAGGAGACCCUUUAAAUACAGGUUCAACCAAGUCUGGUUUUCACAUCACUGUUGUAACUUUUCUGCCUUAGUUGCUGCCAGUAAACACACACUUCUUGCAGCCCUUUUUGGACGUCACAGGUGCUAAACUGACAUCUUGCACACCAAGUCUUUGUGCAUUUGUAAAACAGUUCAGUCGUGACCACAGUUCUUAACAGUUUGUGGUUUACAUCUCUGCAGUGCAUGGUGUAGCGAGGGCAAGGAAUAAGCACAACCUGCACAUACGGUUAGCAAGAGCUGCGUUGGUGGAGCGUGCCUUGUCACAUCUGAGGAUUUUUGUACGGUUCAUAAAGUAAUUUUUUUUAGCAGUGAGUGGUUACUCAUUUGUGCCUAUAGCUGACAGUAAUAACUAACUACAGUUAUUUACAUAUACUCACUCGAAAGGUGUUUUUCCUAAGUCAGCACAGACUGUGGCCUGUGUAAAGUCUAGAACAACCAAAGGGCAACACGGCAGGAGGUUGUGUGCAACAGUAGUGGUGCAGUUUGAGAUCUGAUAAAUGGUGUGUGAAAAAAGUUCAAGAUCUGUGUUUGAAGGGUUGAAUGUAAGUGCACAAUUUGUCAAACAGUUGACUGUGGUGAGUGUUUUUUGUUUUGUUUUGUUUUUUUGUUUUUGCCAUGUCCUGAUUUCAGUCGGAUAAUGCUGUGGAAGUGGAGCAUACACCUGUGGGCUCUCUGUCUGUGUCCUGGAGCUGUAUGCUGCCGUGUGCGUGGUACUACGCUUUUACACUGGGAACUUGAUUUGUAGAAAUCUGUUUAAUUGUUUUAUAUAUAACAAAAACAUAUUUGUAUAAAUGAACUAACGGAUGAUUUUAAAUUAUGCCAAAUAAAAAGGUGGUUAAAAUCUG